CUGCUCAGCAAUCGCCUGCCAGGUGUUGGGGUAACAGGGGGCACCGCUGCUGAGGACGUGGGGGGUCUGGACGGAACUCUUGGAACCUCGGGAAGACUUGAAUCUCCAUUAGACAUCACAAUCCGCCAUGGCGGUCCGCGGGAUUCUGGCACUGCUGCUGUGUUGGUGUGCGGCGGGGGCGCGUUCAGACCGAGCGCAGGCGCUGAGAAUAAUGGAGCAAGUUCCUGUCAUGGAUGGACACAACGAUCUCCCCUGGCAGUUCCUGGAAAAGUUCAACGACCAGCUGAGUAAAGUGGACCUGAAUACCCUGAACAGCACCCACACCAACAUCCCCAAACUGAGAGAGGGGCGGGUGGGCGGCCAGUUUUGGGCGGCGUAUGUCCCGUGUGACACGCAGGGGAAGGACGCCGUGAGAAGGACAUUGGAGCAGAUCGACGUCGUCCAUGGCAUGUGUGAGAAAUACCCCGGGGACUUCGUGUGUGUCGGCAGCUCGACAGCGAUCCUUGAGGCCUUCCAAGCUAAGAAGGUGGCCAGUCUGAUUGGUGUGGAAGGAGGACAUUCGAUCGACAGCAGUCUGGGGGUCCUACGCACCUUCUACCACCUGGGGGUGCGUUAUAUGACCUUGUCGCACAGCUGUAACACACCGUGGGUGGACAACUGGCUUGUGGAUGAUAAACUGGAUCCAGCAAAAAGCAACGGACUCUCCAACUUUGGAAAGAGUGUCGUUCUGGAGAUGAACCGCCUGGGGAUGAUCAUAGACUUGGCCCACGUCUCGGUGAAGACCAUGAAAGAUGCUCUGGAGGUCUCGAAGGCGCCUGUGAUAUUCAGCCACUCGUCCGCCUACGCGUUGUGCAAUAGCAGUCGGAACGUGCCGGACGACGUCCUCAGGAUUGUGAAAGAGAAGGAAGGUUUGGUGAUGGUGAAUUUCUUCAAUGAUUACGUCACAUGCAGCAAGAAAGCCAACAUAUCGGACGUUGCUGAUCAUUUUGAUCACAUUAAGAAGAUUGCUGGUUAUAAGUCGGUCGGCUUCGGAGGGGAUUACGAUGGGGUGCCCAGGGUGCCGGAGGGGCUGGAAGACGUGUCCAAAUACCCCGACCUUGUAGCUGAACUGCUAAGUAGAGGAUGGACGGAGGAGGAACUGAAGGCCGCGCUGGCAAACAACUUUAUAAGAGUAUUUCAGGAGGUGGAAGCGACAAGUGCUAGAUUGCAUGCGGAGAUCCCCAAAGAUGAGCCCAUUGCAUACGAUGAGAUAAAGAGCGAUUGUCGCACUGGCUGGGGCUAUGGUGUCCCCGCCGAUAAAACCCCACCUAACGCAGCGGACCGCCAGCUCUUGGGACAAGGAAUUCUUCUUCUCCUCUGCCUGCUAUUUGCACCAUUUCUGUGAAGGGCGGUCUUCAUCCCGGAGCACAAAAACACCGAUCUUGUAUGGACAACGGGCGCAAUGCGAAGAAAAGGAACCCGAUAAAGGAGGCCGCGACUACUGUACCCCCUCCGCUAUUGACGAUAAAGGAUGCCGCGACUACCGUACCCCCUCCGCUAUCCACUUUUAUUAUUUAAAGUUUGGGUUCAAAUACAAUAAAAGUCAUUCUAUAUAAAAAAAAAUGCGUUAUGCCGCGUACACACCACCAUUUUUAAUGGUCUAGAAAAAAAA